AUGCUGGCCAGAAAAAAAGCGAUCAACAUGAAACAGAAACGAAUGAAGAAAGAACCUAAACAUAAACGGCCCUAUGCGCGGACUACGAGGUGGCAUGUGACGGCGCCGCUUGGAGGGAGCGCACCGCACGCGCGCCACGCGCCCGCCGCCUCGGCCGACACGGUGCCUCACAGGGCUGCCACGCUCGGUUCCUCUCCUUCAUCAAAAGCAUCAUUUACUCGGACGCUUUGUUGCAAAGCAGCUACGCACAAGAAGACGGAGGGUCAGCGGUCGCCAAGCGUGGUGAGGGAGAUCGUGUACGGGAUGAGCCUGGGGCUCUUGGUGGGGUACUUGUGGAAGUUGCACCAUUGGAGCAACCAGCGCCGCACCCGUGAGUUAUACAGCCUACUCGACGAGGGCACGAUCUCCGUCGUCGUCGACGAGGCCGCUGGAGCCAAGGACUAUCACUAUCCAUAUAGUUUCACCUACCUACUAGGAGAGCUAGAACAGGAGUGCGGCUAA